AAACAUGUGAAUAGUUGAAACAGAACAUCCAGGUAUGAUGAGAAAAUUGAGCUAUUCAAUUGCGCUAUUUUUUAAAAUACCAUAUUGUAACAUAUCUCAUAAAUUAUGGCUCGUACAAAGCAAACUGCUCGUAAAUCGACUGGUGGUAAGGCACCACGAAAACAAUUGGCUACCAAAGCCGCACGUAAAAGUGCACCAGCUACUGGAGGUGUGAAAAAACCACAUCGUUAUCGUCCAGGAACUGUAGCUUUACGUGAAAUUCGUCGCUACCAAAAGAGUACUGAACUCUUGAUUCGCAAAUUGCCAUUCCAGCGUUUGGUCCGUGAAAUUGCACAAGAUUUCAAAACUGAUUUACGUUUCCAGAGUUCUGCUGUAAUGGCUCUUCAAGAAGCUAGCGAAGCAUACUUAGUGGGUCUUUUUGAAGAUACUAACUUAUGCGCAAUUCAUGCCAAACGCGUUACAAUUAUGCCAAAAGAUAUUCAAUUGGCUAGACGUAUUCGUGGAGAACGUGCUUAAGAUUGGAAGCAAUAUAAUUUUAUAAAU